AAAUGCGUGCGUAAGUGCUUUGGCUUAGAGACCUUAGCUAUUCUUAUAAAUAGAAUUGUAACAUGCAGGAAAGGGAGUGUGAGUGGGGAGUUUGAGUCUUUGACUGAUUGAUUUGAGAUUGAACUGGAAUUGAAUUGAUGUAUUUUAGACAAUUGUUCGAUUGUUGUAACGCAAUUAGUAUAAUAAAGAAAAUAUAUGACCGAUAGAUACAGUCCCUUGAUGAAAGGAAUUGGGAAUUGGCGUGUGCAAACUUCCUUGACUGCAGACUGUGGGUAGAGUUUGCGAAAGUCGUCAGUUUAAGUACUAAUUAAUACACUGACUGCCAGACACUGUCUUUAUCAUGCUUUAUCACAUUUUAGACACUCGGAUUUGCUGGUCAGCCUAUAUAUGGCCAGGGGCGGCGCUAACCCUCUUCGAGUGGGGGAGGGGGAGUGAUCUUUUGCCGACUGUUGUUUGGUAAUUUUGCCGAGUCAUUAGCCUAUAGUGAGGGUCCUGAAGGGGGGGGGGGGGUCCCAACCCCAUUUUCCACCUGAAAUUUUGGCAAAAUCCCAGUCCCAGUUGGAUUUUUAUUAGAAAUCCCAGUCCGAGUUAUUGAAAUCCCAGUCAAUAAAAAAAACUUUAUAUAUCGGUAGAAUAAACAGUUUUAAGACCUUUUAAGCCACCGUGUGUGCAAGUGGCGGACAUUUUAUGAAAUAUUAGGGGGGGGGAGGCUCGUGCCGAAGGCACGGAAAAUUUUUAAAUUUGAAUCCCGGAAAUGGCAUUUGCAUCAUUCUGAGACACGCAUAAUCAGAAAACCCAAAAUUCCUGUCGGCAUCCAUUUUGCAGCCCUCGAAAAGUCAAAAUCUCGGCAUUUCUUAAAAUCUGUUCCACGUCUUGGAGCACUAUUAAUCACGCAUUUACGAAUCAUUGAAAUCGGAAUAUAACUGGAACGUUACCUCCAGCCGGAAAAUUCGAAAGUUGGAGCCAAAUUUUAACUCCAGACGCGCGAAAUUUGAUCUUCAAACAUCUAACGUAUAUACACAAUAUACAAUACCCGUCAGUUUUUAAACCUUACACCGUAAAAAAUUUGCAUUGCUGCAUGUGUGGUUUCUUUGAUGCAUGCUAUUCGUGAUAUUCGGUUUGAAUUCAAUUAUUCAGGAGGUCAAUUUUGGUUUCUUCAGUGGUUAUCUUUAGCCAAUCCAGUUUUGCCGACUGAGAUAACAAUUUGCCGAUUAGCUGACGAGUGGGGGGGUGUUCCACACCCCCCUGUAGCGCCGCCCCUGUAUAUGGCCAUUACGUUGGUAUCAGUUGAAGUCAUUCUGUCUACUCCAAAUGAACGUUUGAAGUAGUUCCCAUGCCUCGCCUCCUUAGUUUUUGGUGGCUGGCUACGCCUCAACAUUCCACGGCAACCCCACAAAACUAGUGCCUGGACGAGGCUAGUGGGUGACUACCACAAAACCAUGACCUGCGUUCCGGAACGCAGGCUCCGGUUCGAGAUUGAACCAUGACCGUCCAGAUCAGAUCAGUGUUGACCGUCUGACCCAAAACCAUUACAUUUUGUCUUACAUGAAUUAUACAGCAUAUGUUUUUGUGGUUAUACUUCAUGUUGUUACACUGAAGUAUUACACAACAAAAUCAACGAAAUUGAAAAUAGCAAAUAAUCGCAAAUUCUUGGAAUUUGGUCGGAUAAUUUUUAGAUUCAGGAAUCAAGAUUCGACUUCACUUCAUAGGCGGUGCACUCUUUACGCCUCUAAUUCUAAGGAGACUAAGGUAUGUAUCUGCCUGUGUUUUAUAUUAUAAAUAGACAAAUAGUGUGUUGUGGAAUAUGUAAUGAUGUAAAAUUAUCACUUUCUACAUCAAAAUAUUAUGUGCAUGUGGUCUGAUUUUGUUUAAUAAGGUCUUUCGAUUUCAGUUAUGGUUUCGUGUUUUUGUAUUGUAACUAUUUCCAGGGAUUUACAGUAAAAUUACCGGAUGGGAGGUCCGUAUAGAGAAAUAUUUCUCGAGGUCUUAAAAACGGCCCAAGGCCGAGGAGAAAUAUUUCUCUAUUCGGACCGACCAUACCGGUAAAUAAUAUUUUUAUUUUUUUAAUUCCUCCUCUGGAUUUCCCCCAAUCACUCAUCCCGCACACGAAUGAAGCUACCAAAUAAAACGUCGUUUCUGUCAAUGCUAUCGGGAAGAGUAAUAUCUUUUGUGGGAUAGUAAAAUUCGCUUUCACGGUGUUCUUCAUCGUCUGCAGACAUUUUUAAUGUUUUAAAAAGUAGCCUUUAAACUCGUCUUUAAAUUUUGAAAAAUAAAAACAUUGGCUCUACAGCUUUAAAUCUUGCGCGGUCCAUACGGGCUCAUACGGACCGCUCACGUAGCCAAUCAGAUUGCAGAAAAGCGUAAAAUAUGACUUCGGACCGCAAGAAAAAAAUAAUAUAUAUUUGUAAUUUGUAUAAUAUUGCAGCUGCAGAAAGCCACAAACAUUUCAAAUAAUUUUAAAUGCUUCCCUGAAAGUAGAAUUUUUUUCCAAGAAAUUGAAGAACAUACUUUGUGCCCCAAGUGAGAUUUUUGUUGCAGAAAUAAUACUUAAGCAUCUUGGUUAAUUGCUAACCAUACUGACAUGUCUAGGAUAUUAAAUAAUGUUUCAUGGUUUGCCCUGAGCCCUUAAGGGCUGGUUUACACUAUUAAAGUUUCUGUGCAUGAUCACAGUAAGAAUUUUGACUUGAUCUUAAACACUAAUGUUAGUUCCAUAGAUAUCUUAUAUACACUAGAUAGCGCAUCUCUUGAAGCCAAGAAUAUUCCAGCGGUUACCCCCAUUUGAAUAGAUGGCGGCAAUGUUGGAGUUUAAUUCCCACUUGCUAAUAAACACUUAAAAAACAACAAUAACUUUCAUCAUUUGAAUAGUUUAAAAAUGUAUUUGGAAUAGGUUUAACUUAAUGUUUAAGUUCCCUGUUUAAUUAAGAAAUAGAAAACAUACCAAUCUUCUCAUUUCAUGGGAAUACCCUGAGCCUGCAAUCACGGUUUCAAUUUUUGAAUUGCAGAAUAAUUAGAUGCACUAUCUGUAGUGUAUAUAAGGGGUCGUUCAGACUGAGUGCCCGGCACUUGUUUUGGCUCCCAGUUUGAACACGACGCUUUCAAAUGAAAUUGGGCACAGUGCCCAAGAACGGGCACUACCUCUAGAGGUAGUACUCAACAACGGCACUGUGCUCAACAUGUUUUGUGAACCAUUUUGAACAUUGGGCACCAGUGCCGGGCACUCAGUCUGAACGACCCCUAAGAUAUCUAUGGUUAGUUCCCAUCGCAGGUUAGGUUUGGCUAGAAACAAUGUCUCGUGGUUUGUCCACACUCAGGAAAAUGUUUCCUGUGAGCGUUAAAGCUCAGGCAAGCUAGUGAUACUAGUGAUUUUAUGCAAAGCAUUUUACUUGACUUGUAUGACUAAAUUUACAUAGUGCUGUCAUGGCUGAAGCCCAGAGUGACAGAAUGAUAUACACACAGUCAAUAAAAGUGGGUUCAACGUACAAGAAUCCCUGGGGAGAUGGCGACAUCCCAUCAAAGCGUGCAGCCAUUUAUUUUCUCACCGAGAGUAAUUUGAGUAAUGUUCCUGGAGAAGAAGUGAGUUGAUUUAAUUAAUAAAUGUUUUUAAAAAUAUGUAGAAAAAACGAUGUAAUAUAUUCUCAUUAUUCUUGCAGGAACUAAACAAGACUCUUCCGGUUCAUAAACUAUGUCCAGAAGUAUCUAGACCCCCAGACAAAGGGAUUCGGAUCACUUGGAUAGGCCACGCUUCAGUCUUAGUCCAAUUUGAUGGGUACUCUAUCUUAGCUGAUCCCAUUUUUAGCUAUCGAUGCUCACCCCUUAGCUUUGCUGGGCCAAAGCGAUACCGCCCAUCUCCUUGCACUGUUGACGAAUUGCCUAACAUUGAUGCAGUCUGCAUCAGCCAUAAUCAUUACGACCAUCUCGAUGUUCAAACCGUUCAGGACUUGAACGUCCGGUUUCCAAACAUUAAUUGGUUUGUCCCGGCUGGUCUAAAAGACUGGAUGAGCCAAACAGGCGUCACCAAGAACGUUAGCGAGUAUGAAUGGUGGGGUGAAAAAGAAAUAAGUAAAACCGCUAACGACAAGACAACAAUAAUGAAGUUUGUAUUUACUCCGACAAAACAUUGGUGUAACCGUGGUGUGUUCGACAGAAAUCGAGUGUUAUGGGGAAGCUGGACUAUGAUAGGGCCCAGGUAUAGGGUAUAUUUCGGUGGUGACACGGCAUAUUGUAAAGGAUUCAAGGAAAUUGGACAUAAGUAUGGGCCUUUUGACCUGGCUGCAAUACCCAUAGGUGCUUACGAACCAAGGUGAGCUUUAAUUUUACAGGGUGUGUAAAAAAGUCGAUAAUUUUUGAAAGGGCUACGAAACUGAAGAUUUUGCAAAAUAUGGGUAUAUUAGGGUCUUUUAUUUCUCUAGUAACACUAAAACAUUUUUUAAAAUCAAAUAUUCAAGUUUUUUAAAAACACAUUAACAGUAGCUCACACACAAGUUUGGAAAGUGUUUUAUGAACUAUCAAAGUACCAGACAAUUUAAUGUACAUUAUUCUCAUUAAGUUCACAGCUGAACCUCUUAAACUUGGAAUUUUUUCCAUUUUAGAUUUCCACUCGUAUCUUAAAAAACUUAAAUCAACUUUUAAAACAACUUUACCAAAAAAAAUGGAGUAAAUUUUUGCUCAUAAAUUUGAGUAAUUUUACAGCGUGUAGGAAAUAUAUAACACUGCAUGUGUGCUGUACUCAGGGUUCGUACGUAGGGUCCUGGAAAACCUGGAAAGUCAUGGAAUUUCAAUAUUCCAGAAUCCAGGCCUGGAAAUGCUGGAAAAUCAAUUUUAGUCAUGGAAAGUCAUGGAAAAUUGAAAUUUUACAUAACAUCAACAAAGUAUUUUACUUAUUUCAAUUUACCAGUCAUAACAAUAAUAUGAAUUGUUGUUAUAUAACGGAUUUUUACAAGAGCGAAGUGAAUUUUGUUCUUUUAUUAUAUCUGUUAUCAUUAAAAUAUUAACGAAUUUCAGAAAUUCCAGACUUCCAGGUCAUGGAUUUUGAAAAAAAAUGGUCAUGGAAAAGUCAUGGAAUUUUAAAAGGAUAAAGUGUACGAACCCUGACUAUACUUUCCUUGAUAAAAACAGCACAGAAAAUUACUUUCCUAUUCUAGCGAGCAUCUUACUGUAAAUAACCGCAGUUUAUAGACUAUGGCCCUGAAAUUAACAGAAAAUCAUUAUUACAGAAAAACGAUGGAGAAGCAACACGUGAAUCCAGAAGAGGCAGUGAAAAUUCACCAAGAUGUCAAAGCCAAAAAAUCGCUGGGAAUUCACUGGGGAACUUUUGUUUUGACUUAUGAGGUAAUUUGAAGAGAAAUAAUUUUAACUGAAUCAGAAAGUUACUGUGAGGGCUUUAUUUGCCUGACACCCAGCAUUUCAAUAGUCCUAUUUCCAGACGCAAUUCAAUGAUCGAAAUGUUCUAUUAUCUUUUCAAUAUUGGAGGUAACUCCAACCUAACUACUUUUCAAUUUCUUCGGGAACCAUAGGAACGAUAAACAUACAAUGUCUAUCAAGUAACAGACCAUAUGUACAGCACAAUGUCUAAUAUCAAGUAACAGACUAUAUGUUGGGCAAACUACCAACACAAAGAAAUUUUAUAUUUUCGAUUACAAUAGUAAGGAUUGCUACAUAAUACACGUGACUCGUGUCACGUGACUCGUGUUACAUUUAAAGUACAUCUUAAUAUUUCAGUUCAGAAUUGUUUCCAAUAGCUUCUGAAAAUUCUUGACAACUUUUUUUUUCCAAAAAUGUCAUCACUACCAUGAAAUUGCCCAACUACGAAUAUGCUCUGUUUUGAGCCAUCCUCUUUGCUUGUCCCAUGACGUACACAUAGUCUGUGAUAGAAAAAGAUAUGAUUCAUAGAAAAUAGAAGGGCUUUGUUUGAUGUUGAACUUUACCUCACCGGGCAAAAAUCUUUUGUCUCAACUUCAUUAAAUAUUAUUCAUCGUGGUUGCACGUUUCAUCUCAGCUAUCCCUAUUCAUCUCAGCUAUCCCUGUUGGACGAUAGCUAUGUUAUACGGAAAUACAAUGAGCUCAAUAUCGCCGCGAUCGUGCAUAAAUUAACAUAAACUCGGACAAAACAUAGCACAAUGAAUUCAGUUUUACAGUAGUUUCCACUUUCCCGACAUCAUAUCUUGAUAGACUAUAAUUAUAAAUGUUCCAUUUGAAUGUUAUGUCCAUUAUCUUUCAGACCUUUUUCCACCGUUCUGUUUUGUGUGAGUCUUGCUCGUUCCCUUUUCCCCCUGCUAGCCAUCCAAUCAUUGGCAACAUUUUCAGAACAUGCGAGAGUUGAUGAGAAUUGCAACUCUCCCUCGCGUUUGACUGCCAACUCUCAUCAACUCUCAUCAAGUCUCAUUGACUUUGAACUGGUUCAGAUGAGAGUGUUUGCUCGUUUGAGCGAUAUAAUGUCCAGUCAACUCUCAUCAACUCUUAUGCAACUCUUGUUCUCGUUUGACCGGGCCAUGAGAGUUGAGAAAACUCUCACACAAACUCUCGCUUCUCAACUAUGAUCAACUCUCAUGCAACUCUUGUUCUCGUUUGACCGGGGCAUGAGAAUUGAGAAAACUCUCAUGCAAACUUUCGCUUCUGAACUCUCAUAAACUCUCAUGCAACUCUUGUUCUCGUUUGACCGGGGCAUGAGAAUUGAGAAAACUCUGAUGCAAACUCCCGCUUCUCAACUCUCAUCAUUGUUUAGGGCGGAAUAAUACGAGCAACAAAAUUAUUGCAACUUGCAACAAAAAGUCAUUUCAGUGCAUGUUAAUUAAAAGUGUCCACAGAUAAGAAACCAAACAUCAGGUAACAUUCAUAAACGUCUGUACCUAACAUGCAUUAAAAUCUUGUUGCAAAUUGCGUCAAUUUUGUUGCAUAUUACUCCACCAUUAACCAGUGCUCUACAAUGCGAUCCGGUAAAAAAUAGACUUUAAUUCAUUGCACACUGAGCACUUUUAAUCAUUGAUUUUUUAUUUGUCAUUGUGUAUUUAUUGUAGUAUUAUUUGGAUCCUCCGAAGAAAUUGAAGGAAGCUCUAUUAGCAGCAGGUAUCCCUGAAGAAGACUUCUUUACCCUUGAUCAUGGUGAAUCAAGACUCAUUAUUCCAGAUCCUGAAAUGACACCUCGUCUGUAG